GGGUCCGUUACAUAGCUUUCUACCCCGGCACUCUGAACGGCCCACUGUCUAUCGCCCUCCCCAGCCCGGUGUCCCACGUGCCAGUCUUCAGCUCCCAGCUGUCCGACCACAUGAGCCUCUGGGGUCGUGCAAAGAACCUCUUUUAUUCUGUCUUGUCUCCUGUUGGCCAGGAACUUGUAUGGCGGACAUUUAGGGAAGUAGCUGAGCGCCACCUUGAGUCGGGACCCCCCCCUGGAGGUCUGAAGGAGUUACAUGGAGGAGCUGAACUCUGGGCCUUCAACACUGACUUUUCACUGGAGUUCCCCCAGCCCCUCAUGCCUUACACGGUGCUGGUGGGAGGUCUGCUGAGUAAACCUGCCAAGCCUCUGGAGCAGGAUCUUGAGUUGUGGAUCUCGAGUUUUGGAGAGGCAGGUUUUAUUGUCGUGACUUUGGGAUCAAUGGUGUCCUCAGUCUCUGUGGAGCGUCUGCUUGUGGAGCUAGUGGCCGGCUUCUCUAGGAUCCCUCAGGGGGUUUUCUGGAGGUAUGACCCCAUGCGCUGGCCAUCUCAUCUGGAUAAACCUUCAAAUCUCAUGAUAGGGGACUGGCUGCCUCUUAAUGAUCUGCUGGGCCACAAUAAAGCUCGUCUCUUCAUCACCCAUGGUGGACAAAACAGCCUGCUCCAGGCGGUGUACCAUGCUGUUCCUGUGCUGGGAAUCCCUCUGUUUGGGGAUCAGUUUGAUAAUGUGGUGAGGGCUGAAACAAAGGGACUUGGCCUCACCAUCAACCCCACACACAUCACCAGGGAGCUGCUCAGCUCCACAAUUCAAAAACUCACACAGGACAUCAGGAUCAAGUCUUCAGCUUUGUCCCUUAGCAGGAUCCACAAAUCUCACCCUGUCCCUCCAGCCCUUCGACUCAUCCAGUGGGUUGAGCACAUCCUGCAUAGUGGAGGUGGAGCUCAUCUAAGGCCUGCUUCACUGACACAAGCCUGGUACCAGAGAUACCUGCUGGACCUGGCGCUUCUUCUCUUCCUGGGGUUUCUGGGACCUGUAGUUCUCUGCUGGACUUUCUGUAGGAAGAAGAAUAGCAGGGACAAACACAAAAAAGUACAAUAGCAAUACUAAAGGACACUUUAGAUGUUUAAUUCAGUUCUGAGAUUGAGUUUAUGUUGGACUUGCACCAAUGCCAAUAUGAAAACUUACUGCGAACCUAAAAUACUGCCGAAGUACAACUAAUAAUCCAGUCUUGUUGUAAUCUAUUCAUAACAAUUCACCAGAAAAUAUUGGUAUUUUAAUUCAGAAGAAAGAAUUAUCAAAAGAAAAGUUGAAAACAAUAAAAGAAAACAUCAUUUUUUUAAGGAUUUCACAUAAAUGUGCAAAAAAUGCAUUAAAAACUGUUUUGAUUGUAGGGUAGGAAUAACGUUGCAUAACUUUAAUUUGCUCGAAUUUGCAUACUGAAUAGAGUUUCAUAUUCUGCGUUUCCAGUUUCUCUUAAGCCAGUAACCUUUUAAUGCCAAGUGUCCUGCCCUCUCCCCUCCCAGCGCCAUCGUGACUACCAGACAUCUCAUUUGUCCUGCAGUGCCACAUUGUCCAACACCUCUGUGCUGCUUUGAUCUGACUGUGCUGCAAGCAAGGGUGGCUGAUAGUAGGCAUGCAAACACCCACCAAACACUGCUUUUGUGCUUUUGUGUUGUUUCGUGUGGCAGCCAGCCUAAGAGUAAAUUGAUGUUUGUUGAGACAUGUUUUGUGCUGCAAUGCUAGGCUAGAUGGGUACUUUUGUGUAGAUGCAAUAUAUUGAUGGUCAUAGAAUAUACCUGAACUCUCAAAAAGGUACGCUCUACCUGGAGAGUGUGUCUAUGCACGUGUGUAUCUGCAUGUGUGUAUUUGGGGCAGCGUAAUGGUCUACUGGCUCUUCAAUUAUCAACCACCUGCAAGUCUCCCCUCUGACCCCCACACCCUCCUCUGCUGGUUUCCGCUGAGUGUCCUUCCCCUUUCUAAACAAGGCACAAAAGCGUACAGCAGCGUUCACGGUCAGCGCUCAAGCCAUCCUUGAAAGCAGCUCAAGCCUUGGAGGACCCCCCUCUCUGUUCUGUCCUCCCUCCCACUCUUCACAUCUGUGUUGGGGGUUAGCAGGGAGGAAAAUAUAGAUUAGCAAGGAAAUAAUGACCAAUUAGGACAGCUUGUUCUGUGUCCAUUCAGCUGUCCAUUCUUUCAUUCCUUCCCUGCAUUUCAUUCGUCUGUUGGGCUGGCAGUUGAAGGUGCCAGUGAGUCUUCCUCUGUCUCGCACGCAAUCCUAAACAGGCAGGGCAAAGCAGCCAAAGCAUGAGACAACAGGACCACCGGUGGGGAAAAAAAGGAAAGAGGCAAACACAGAGGAAACUUUAAUGAUGAAGAAGAAGGACACAACAAUGAAAAAGAAAACACAGACAAUUAUUAAAAUCAGAAACAAAGCUUUGAGAAAAAGAAGCUUGAAAUAGUCAUCAUUAAUAAUAUAACUACAAUAACAUUUUUUUGUUGUUGUUAUAAGCUAGAAAUUAAAUCAUUUAUUUUAACUUGACUAACAACCAUGGCAUUUAGGCAAAACAGGACUACUUCAGGUGACCUCCUGUCACAAGCAAGAUACUAUCAAUUAAAAUACAAGGACAAUGAUAGUUGCAUCACAAUGUCAUACGAUGGGGCAAGAGGGAGGAAAUAAUUGAUGUAAAGGUUCUUAAAUCAUGCAUGUGUUAUUUUUAACUCAGAGGGAUGUGUAGUGGUUUUGAUGUGUUUUUGUUAAGUGUGAAAAAAGGAUGUUUUGACAUAACUUGCAUUAAA